UAUCUCUGUAAAAUUGAGAAGUCCGGAAGAUGAAAAGAACCGUCGUGUCAAAGCCGUUGCAGGCUUUCCAGGCCCGAAGCGGUCUUGGAGGUGCGAUUCCGAGGAGAGGCAAAGCUACCGUCCCUUUUCGGUUACCAGCCGCUCGCAAUGAGCCCAACCCUGAAUACAGAAAAGGUUCUCCGGAAAGAACAAAGUUGGAGGAAGCCAUAAUUAGACUGCGAAAACAACUUCCGUUGAAGAGUGAAAUCUUCGUAAACGGCAAGGUUCAGGCGCAGUCUCAGUCCAUAGAUCAGCCGCUUCCUAGCGAGCAUGCUACUACUUUCACCAACUUCCCUCAGGCUACAAAGGAGCAAGUUUCUAAUGCCAUUGAGUCUGCGCUAAAGGCCAAGAAGUCGUGGGAGCAAACCCCAUUCGUCGACAGAGCCGCUAUCUUCCUGAAGGCAGCUGAGCUCGUCGCAACUAAAUACCGAUAUGAACUUAUUGCGGCAACCAUGCUCGGCCAGGGCAAGAACAUCUGGCAAGGAGAAGUUGACGCCGCCGCCGAGCUGGCUGACUUUUUCCGUCUUAACUGCAACUAUGCUGCCGAAAUCCUUGAAAGGCAACCGGACCGUGGAAGCGACGGAAUGUGGAGUCGUUUGGAUUACCGACCCCUUGAAGGCUUCGUCUACGCUAUUUCUCCUUUUAACUUCACUGCCAUUGGUGGUAACCUUAUCUCUGGACCUGCUUUAAUGGGUAAUGUUGUGCUAUGGAAGCCUUCCGCAUCCAACAUUUAUGCUAGCACCAUUGUAUACAAGAUUCUUCUCGAGGCUGGUCUCCCUCCUGAUGUUAUCCAAUUCAUCCCUGGAGAUGCCGAGGAGAUUACCUCUACCAUCCUUGCGCACCGCGAAUUUGCGGGCUUGAACUUCGUCGGCUCCUCUGAUGUUUUCCGUUCCAUCUACGCUAAGAUUGGCGAGGGUAUCGGCAAGCAGACAUACCGGGAUUUCCCCCGCGUCGUCGGCGAGACAAGCGGAAAGAACUUCACUCUCAUCCACCCAACGGCCGAUAUCCAGAGCGCCGUAUACCACACUAUUCGAGGCUCGUUCGAGUACCAGGGCCAGAAGUGCUCGGCUACAUCCCGACUCUACCUCCCCGAGUCCCGGUCAAAGGAGUUCCUAGACAGCUUACAAGCUAAGGUUAAGGAGAUCACUAUCGGAAGUCCCGACAAGGAUCUUAGCGCAUUUAUGGGACCCGUCAUCCACCAACGAUCUUUUGACAAGAUCAAGUCAGUUAUCGAUGCUAGCAACAAGGAUCCCUCAUUGAAGCUGUUAGUCGGUGGCAAGUACGACGACUCAACCGGCUUCUACGUGAAGCCCACAGUAUACGUCGCAGACUCGCCGACGCACAAACUAUUCAACGAAGAAAUCUUCGGUCCUGUUUUGGCGAUUUACGUAUACCCCGACAACCAAUGGUCUUCCACACUAAAACAGGUUGACCAGGCCGGCGGUGGCUUCGCUCUAACUGGUGCUGUUUUCGCUAACGACCGCUCUGCUCUCCGAGAGGCAGAGGACACCCUGCGAUACUCGGCUGGUAACCUUUACUUGAACUGCAAGACCACAGCGGCUCUUAUCGGCCAACAAUCAUUCGGCGGUAGCCGAGCCAGCGGUACCAACGACAAGGCUGGUAGCUCUAACGUCUUGCUGCGUUUCACAAGCCCUAGGUUAAUCAAGGAGGAGUUCUUUGGACAGGAAGGCUUUAUGUAUCCUAGCAAUGUCUAGGUUUAAAAUGUUAACAUAGUGAAAUGUAUAGUAUAGUAACCGG